UAAGGCACUCCAUCUUUCGUCACUUCUCUCGCCACUUCCUUGCUUUAUUCGAGUUUCUCUUCUUCAUUCGUUUCACAGGCACGUCCAAGGCUGCCUCUCAGGGCCGAUGUCGCGCCGGUGUCUCCUGAGCCUCCUCGCCCUUCACGUCGCCGCAGCCUGCCAGGAAGUCAACUUGACGUGCAAGACGCCUUUGCCGACUUCUGAAGGCGCUGACGGCGUGGAGGCGUUGGUGGGCGUCCGGCCGCAGGAGGGCGACUGGGGCGCGCUGUUCGAGGUGGAGCGAGAAGACCGGGUCGUGGCCAAGAUCAGCCUCUCGCUCAAGGAAAGCAAAACGGGAAGUGAAACUGCUUACAACGACCGUUUAGCAAUCCAGUGUGGAAAUGAAACUCCUCUAGUAUUUGAUUCUCCCUGGCCGACAGCCUGGCUCUCCGGUGAAGCCAAGUGCCUCCUGUUCAGGGUAUCCGAUUCUCUCAUCGACGUUUUGCAAAAGAAAGGCUCUUCAGAAAUACAUAUCGGAUCAGGGAUAUGCAAAAUAAAUCUGUCUAACGUCUCUUUCUCGGCCUCCAACCUCCCCCAUCUACCCGCGCCGACGCUGAGUCUUGGCUGCGCUGACGGAGAACUAAAGAAUAGUACCGAAGCAGAGUCAGGAAAGGAAACAACAAAAAGCGGCCCCGCCCUCAUCGCCGGCCUGUGCGUGCUGCUGCCCAUCGCCGCGGCCAUCGCCACCUACGCAGCGUGGUUCUGCAGCAGGAGGUGCGGGAGGAGGUCUCACGGAGUCCUGGCAGUGAGGCUUUCGGCGCUCCUGGCGGAUGAGGAGGCCCUGCGGAACUCUCCCGACGAAGGCCCGAGCGUGAGGCAGCGCCCCCCCAUGCCAUCCCCCCGGACGGUCUUCCUCGAGCGGCGCCAGCUGCGUCUCUCGUCCUCCACCUCGACGUCGUCCUCGGUGCUUCCUCUCCUGUCUUCGUCUCCGCACUUGUGUUUCGACUCGCUCUCCCUGUCGUUCGCUGCCGACCUCCCCACCGUCGAGGACCACUCCCUGGCCGCCCACUGCGCGCAGAAGGGCCAGGAGAUAGUCACCCUGAGGCGCCGUCCGAGCAACGAGGAGGUCCACACCUACGAGAGAAUCACGUUCAUGGAUGAAUCUCUUUACUAGCGGCUCAAGACGCGGAAGGGGUAUAGCAGCAUCUCGAGUCCAUGAUCCUCCCGGUGGCAAUUGCAAACGCAAAGAUUAAACAAAGAAAUCGUUCAAAAACCUUGCAUACAACAUCGGCGAAAAAAACACAAAAAGAAAAACACAUCCAAGUCCUUUUGAUUAAGAACUAGCGCUCGACCAUGAUUUAGGAGUCGGGGUCUCGUAGCACAUCUUCAGCAGGCGAGGAAAUUCUUCAUGAUUUAUGGGCUGAUAACUGUGGCUCUGGGUCCGGCGUUGAGGAGAUAUUGCGGGAAAAGUAAGUGUAAAAUAUCUUCGAAAUAUGAGAGUAAAAAUAAUCACACAUGAAACAACAUCCCUGAUUAUUAAUGCACUAGCUGUUUAGAUGAAGUACAGAGGUGUGCUUCAGUCCGUAGCAAAGGGAGAGAACAAAUAUAUAAUUUCUUCACAGAGAUGGCCUGGAAGUAAAAGAGCCGUGAGAUACAAAAUAAUGCACAUAACGAGUUCAUAUUUUCUUCAACUUGAGUGAAAUAUCAGUUCGAUUAUUUUUACUGCUACAUCUACUUUGGCUGAUCCCUUACAGCAGCCGAGAGCGCUACCGCCAUUGGCGUGACAUCGUAUGGCAUUUGCUUCUUUCUAAAAGGUGUAAAUAAUUACUUGAUUUCAUGAAAUUAUGUAUCUAUAUCUCUUAGUUCCUAUUAAUAGUUAACUGAAUUUAGAUUAAUAAUUAGCAGAGGAAAAAGAAAAAUGAAGUGAGCCCUUAUGACGCCUUUUCCCGUUUAAGCAACACUGAUUGCAAUAUUCAUGAAUCUUACUGUACGUAAUAGAAACCUCAUCAAGCCUUUGUAAGAAAUCUUCAGUCCAACAUGGUAUAUGACCGCUUGAUAUUUUGAGAAAUGUCACUUGCAUGCACGACAGUCAGUGCUGCCUUGUUCCCUAUUGGAAGAAUAAUAUUAUGAUUACCUAUUAGUUAUGGUAAAUAUUUUAGGACUUAAAGACUACGCUUUGGACGUUUCAGCAGUUUCACAAAUUAGAUUGUCGUAGACCAGGU